UACAUCUCGAAGAUCAGAGCCGAAGCGGAACCGCACGGGAUCUGCAAAAUCAUUCCUCCGAACACAUUUCAGCCGCCAUUUGCAGUGGCCGUCGAGGAGUUCCGGUUCACACCUCGUAUUCAGAGACUCAAUGAGUUGGAAGCGACCACAAGAAUCAAAUUGAAUUUCAUUGAACAGAUCGUCAAGUUCUGGGAUUUGCAGGGCGCAUCAUUUAAGAUCCCAACCCUCGAGAGACGUUCUCUUGACUUAUAUAACUUACACCGAAUUGUUGGAGAAGAGGGAGGUUUUGAGAUUUGCACCCGAGAUAGGAAGUGGUCACGGGUUGCCGCACGUAUGGGUUACGGAAAUAACGCAUCCAAUAGGGGAACCAUAGCCUCACUCCUACGGCAACAUUACGAACGAAUACUCUUUCCAUACGAUGUGUUUCAAAGUGGAGCCACUAUUGGACCCGAUAUUGAUGAGAAAAGUGUUACCAUUUCAUCAGAUGAUGACUGCGAAGACAAGAAAGCGUUGAAGUCAUGCAAUGACAGCAAAGAGUUGGCUACCCCUGAGAAGCGUGUCUUAAGACGACAAUCCAUUUCCCCAUCAAAUCAGAAUCCACUCCUAAUUUCCCCCAACUCUCAGAAUAAGGAACUAAAGAAACUUCAGGUAUACGGUGCCGGACCUAAAAUGCCUGGAUAUGUGUCCGAACAGACUGAACGAGAACGAGAACAAGCGGUUAAGGUUUGUCUGCAUUGCGGGGAAACUAAUCCGACACCAAUGCUGUUAACGUGUGACAACUGUACCAACACUUAUCACACCCAUUGUCUCAUCCCUCCACUCAAUGAUUGGCCCAAAGGUGUAUGGCACUGUCACCGAUGUCUGGCUCUGUUAGUCCAGUCCUAUCCUCAGCCCUACACUCAAGAGUUUGGUUUCGUUCAGUCGCAGAAGAGCUACACUUUAAGUGAAUUCGGAGAAAUGGCCGAUCAGUUCAAAGCGGAUUACUUCAAUUGUCCGCCACAUUCGGUUACGCAUUCUAUGGCGGAGAAGGAGUUCUGGCGUUUAGUGUCAGCCUUA